AUGGCUCCUAUCGCACGCACCGCGGACGACAGGUUCUACUACCCCAUAGGCAAGCCCCCUAGCAAGGAGACCAUCGAGGCGAUGUGCCGGGCGGAGUCCAACCUCGAGGAACUCUGGGAAAAUAGCGCCCAGGUGACAGGGUCGUGGGAGAGGGGUGGAGCGGAGCGGCCCCCUACGGCAGAGAAGAAACAGUAG